AUGAAGAAAGCCAUCACGCUCAAUAAUGGGGAAGGGUUUCAAAGCGCAGAAACUGUGCUAAGAUUUGUUUUAAAAAGUUAUCGUCUUACCCACACUCGCCGUAGAUUUUUGUAGAACAUCGAACCAAUAAAAUUCCAGAUCACAUUGUAUACCGAUAUCGACAAAUUCUCUUUCUCUAAUGAGUGCUUCCGUUUCAGGCAAAAGUUCAGACAGGUCAGUGUCUUUUAUGGGCUCAACGCAAGCUCCCGAACAACUGGAUUCCCCAUAGUCUUUCAAUAGCUGAGAAGCAAAGGUUUUUUGAGAACCUUAGUUACAUUUGUUUAUUUUUCUUAAGGUUUCCACGCAAAUCGAUUUUGUACUUACUCUAUUGACCUCUAACUUUUGAAGAGCUCUACUUCUCCUCGGUCGUUUCUCAGUUCGGCAGCCACUUUCAGGUCCUCGCUGUCUGCCGACUGUAUGGGUCUUCUUUUUACUACGGAAGAAUUUACUUCUGGUAGUGCUUGAAUCGUCUGUAUCGACUUUUGAGAAAAAAACUAAUAAAACCGAUUGCGUACUUGAAAUAUAUACUAAACAGUUGCGUGGAAAGAAAAUGUGCGAUUUUUGAGUUUACAUGCCCUCCAAAGCUUGGACGUUAGCGAGCGUUUUGGGCCUUCGGAAACCUCGAUCCGAGAGAUCGUUCGAAGUGAACUCCAUCUUUCCGGUAGCACAGUAAACCGAGUCGACACGAUUCGACCACGCAAAGUUUCUAUCGUCCACUCCAUGGAAAGCAAAAUGACAAACCCGGUGCCAAGCACAGUGGUAAACCCAAUGCCAAGCGCGACAGCAACUCAAUUCAAGGUCGACCCGAACACCGAAAAGCUAAUCAACGCCAAAGAUCAAGGUCGAGCUCUAGCAAACCUCGAACGCUGUCAAAAAACGUUCGCGGUAAAGGUUUUGGCCACGUAAAGUAGACAAACGUUCCACAUUCCAGAAAUGGGUGUCUAAGAUAGCCCCGACCGCUAUUCGAUUUGCUUCCACGAAACUUGGAAAUCCACAAUUUUACUUCUAUUGAGCUGACUAAGCGGCAGUCUAGAGUUCUGGGACCAGGUCUGAAGUUCAGACCUUCCUUGCGCCCUUCAACAGUUCCUCAGUUCAACCAGCAAAUUCAAGACUUUUGCCGAAGAGUUCGCCUUCAAGAUAAGUUUGCCAACCGACCUCAAAACAGCGAGUUCAACCCCAAAUUAUACGUUCCAACCGGCUAG